AUGUUCGAGCGCGCCAAGUCGCAAUCGCUCUUCGUCGGCGCCGUCUCUGCCCGGACUUCACUCGAGCGCCCGUCUUCUCACAUCAGCGAAGCAUAUACCGACAUUGAAGAUGAUUCGAGUGAUUUCGAAGAGUAUAGCCUUCGCUCCUCGAACGACAAUCGCAAAAGCCAGACUACCAUCUCUACUUUUGAAGAGGUGCAGACCCCAAGAGACGAGAUUCGACCCCAGUUCGCCGAAUGGUACCUUCCCAAGCCCGUAGAGGGUCCAAGAGGGCCUCAUCUAUUUCGGUCGUCUCAGUCCUCAAGCGAUUUCGACUUUGCUUUGCAGCUGUCCCCUUUGUUCCCCAAAGAGCCGUUGUCUCGCAUCCAGACCUCGUUUCGUGGUGCGACUCCAGAGACGGUCGUUCCCAGAAGAGAGUACAACAACAUUGCGUCGGCUGUCGCUCACCUUGAUAGCACAGAGGUACGCGCGUGGACAUCUCAAGAGGUCGCGACUUGGAUGUACCAGAAUGGCUUUGAAGACGACAUCAUCGACCGAUUCGAGGCUCAUGACAUAACGGGAGCAGUCCUGCUUGACCUGCAGUUUGACGAUCUGAAAGAGCUGGAGAUCCAAUCUUUUGGCAAGCGCCACGAGCUGUGGAACCAGAUCGAUUCGCUGCGGACAUCCGAGGGUCUCAUUUCGCCCGUGGCUGCAGCGCCCACUCCUUUCGAAGACAUCGAGCGACCUUGCACAGAAGCAAGGCAGAGAUCAAAGAGCAAGAACAGGGAGCGACGCCAUCGUGACAAGUCGCGGGGUGUCGAAUGCGAUGGCGAGGAUGCGAAGACGCCCAUUACGCCAGGAGGUGGCCGAAGACGACGAGGUCGGCGACAUCGAAACCCUGGUGACGACAUCAUCACACCUGCCGAGUCCGUAUCCAUUGUAGCCAUUGAGCAGCUCCUGCCCAAGCCCCAUAAGUGCGCCAAGGGCGAGCGGUGUGCUAAGUGGAGGAAGCAGCAGAGACAACUUGCGAGGCUCCAAGAGGAGCAUGGCUUCCCAAUUUCGCCCGAGAAUGGGGGUCAGAUAUUCAUUGCUGGAGAUCCAGGAAAUGCCGAUAUCGCAGCACGUGCGGUAGAUGCAGUCUACCGUCCAACGUCAGAUGCGAUUCCAUCUGUUGUGGCAUCAUCCGACUUGCUAGGUCCUGGCCAGCUGCCCGAGUUCGACUUGAAGGAAGAUGCUUUGCAGGCAGUACAGUCGCGUGAUCCUCAAGAUAACGUUCGUCAGUUUCUUACCCUGCAAGGCGUUCAAAAGCCGUACACCACAGCAACGCCUAUUGAGGCUCCCCCAACACCACCUGUGGAUUUGUUUCCCCAUCGACCAUCAACCGCACAACCCUAUCACUAUUAUCAACAGCACUCGGCUUUCUCGGCCUCUACAUCGGCACACACUUCUGCUUCUUUCGACGUAUCCACUCCCGCCCUUCAUCCUCCAGAAUUCACUCCUGCACCUCAUUUCAAUUUGAAAAAGCUGCCCAAGCUCAGCAUCCCGCCCCCACGCUCCAUGUCUGCAGGUCCUCAGUGCAACGGUGCACGUAGUGCUGUCCACGCCAGUCCGCAGGUGCCACCUGACACCGCCUUUUCACCAUGCCGGACCGCAUCUCCGAGUGGUGUCUACCGGUUUGGCACACCAUUCUCCGAGAUGGAUGCUCCGGUUACAGCCAUCCCAGCAGGUCCUGUCUCACGUGAUACAAGCCAGUCGGUACCACCCAAUAUGCAGUACAGGGACCCCGUGCAACGAGUCGGGUCACGAAUUGAUUGGCGCCGACCUUCGUUACCUUUACCGGCGCUUAACGAAGACCAGGUGUUCAGCCCAACGGGUCCGUCCGAUGGGGAUUCUGACACGUUGAACGAGACGCAGUUCUCCGGGGAAGAUAGCCCCGUGUCUGAUCCCACUCUGACGGCGCUACCGGGCCGUGGUACUCUCAAGGGAGGAUUCGUGUACAACGGCGUGAACCACCACGGCUGGAUGAAGAAGCGGCGCACCAAGUUGCUCCGCCACGAGUGGCAGGACCACCAUUUUCGCCUGCAGGGCACCACGCUAGCCAUGCAUGCGAACGAGCUACCUUCAUCGUCCGCAUUGCAGACCAUCGACGUGGACGAUUACGCUGUCGCUUGCUCAUCGCUUGCGUCAAACAAGCUCUCUGCCAAACUUCGUGCGUUGAAGCUAUCUUCUGGCCACAAGGAAAAGAACGGCGUCCCCGCUGCCUUCGAGUUCCAGCUUGUGCCAACGGCGCCCGGCAAAGGUGAGAUUAGAAAGGUGUUACCCAAUGGCAAGGUACACCACUUCGCUGUCAAGUCGCGCGACGGCCGCAUCGACUGGAUGCGCGAGCUCAUGCUGGCAAAGGCUCUCAAGGCCAAGAGCGAUGGCUACGCUGUUGUCAUCAAUGGUGCUGCUGUCUAG